GUGUGACAGUUCCACACAUUGAAGGACUAAUAAUGAUUAACUAGGGCCUCUCUGAGUUAAACUUUGUACUCUGCUUUCCCACAAUUCCUGGAGUCGUGGGCCGGUUGUUGUGCUUCAAGUUGGGAGUUACACAGCUCUGCAGGGGUGUGGGAUUAUCUGUUGCAGGUGAAUGUUCUGGGCUUUUCUCAGCAUGUUUGCUUUCUCAGCACAGGACAUGGCCACCAUCUCUUCCUCACAAAGGAUUGGAGUUGUAGGAUACGGACAUCUAGGGCAGUACCUGGUGCAGAGGAUCCUUAAAGAUGGAGCUGCUCUCGGUCUAACGCUGGCUUUCGUUUGGAACAGAAAUUCAGACAAGCUGAAAGGUUUAGUUCCUGAUGAACUCAUACUUGGUGAUCUAUCAUCCUUUGCAGACAGGCGAUGUGAUGUGAUUGUAGAGGUGUGCCAUCCGCAGAUAGUGAAAGAAUUUGGGCAUCACUUCCUUUCUCAGUGUCAUUUCAUGGUGGGCUCUCCCUCUGCCCUCUCUGAUCCGGAUCUGAACCAGAAGCUGCGUCAGGCGGCUCAGCAGCAUGGUAGGACGCUCUACGUCCCCAGUGGUGCAUUAUGGGGAGGCCAGGACAUCCAGAGGCUGAAUGAUAGCAGAGCCUUGAAGGCUUUGUUUAUAAGAAUGUCCAAGCAUCCAUCCUGCUUCCGGCUGACAGGAGACGUCCUCUCUGACUGGACGGAGGGAGAGGGCAGGCGUGUUUUAUUCAGAGGCUCAGUGGCAGAGUUGUGCCCACUCGCUCCGAACAACGUUAACACCAUGGCAGCAGCAGCAGUGGCAGCAGGAACACUCGGCUUCACUGGUGUUCAGGGAGAGAUUGUGUCUGAUACAGCGUUAAGUGACUAUCAUGUGGUGGAGGUGGAUGUGAUGGGGCCCGGGGGCUUCUCAGUAAACACAGUGAGGAGAAAUCCAGCCAAACUCGGAGCUGUAACCGGCAGCGCAACAUACAACUCCUUCUGGAAUAGUUUACUAGUUUGCAAAGGUCACGGGGGUCGAGUUUACUUGUGCUGAAGCAGACGAGAACAGUAAGAAGACCCAGAUAAAUGAGUUGUGUGUGGAUGGAGUCACUGGAUCAGUAUGUUACUGAGGUCCUUACCUUUGGAUAUUUGUGUUCCAAUAAACUGCAUACAAAGAAAAAAGAGAAA